AUGGGGGGGGCACCGGACGCGGAGCAGGUGACAGGUGACAGAGGAGGUGGGGGCCCGGGGCGCGGGAGGGCGCCGAGGGCCUGCGCGCCGGGCGGUGACCCGGGCGGGCUCAGGGGGCCCCGGGCGGCCUCGGGGGCCCUCGGGGGGUCCCGGCGUCCGGAGGGAAUCCUGAGGCUCUGCGGCCCCGGGGGCCUGGGAGCGGCGGGGGUCGGGGAGGCCAGGGGCUGCCAAGGGCCUCGGGGCGGGGGGCCCGUAACGGCGAGGAGGGGUCUCGGGGACCGCGGGGGCUCUGGGCCCGCCCCCCGCCCCCCUCCCCCCGGGCCCCUCACCUGCGGGCGCCUCACCUGCGGGCCCGGCUCCCGCCGCCGCCUCCCGCUCAGCGGUGCUCCGCGCUCCGGGGCUCCGGGCGGCCGCGCGCUCCCCGGCUGGGCGGGGCCGGCGGCGGCGAGGGCUGCGCGCGCAGCCCGGGGGGCGGGGCGGGGGCGGGGCCCCGGGGCGGGAGCCACCGCCUCCCGACGCGGUGGGGGACGCGCGGAGCGCUCGCGCCUUCGAACCCGCGGGUCUGCGCGUCCUCGCUGCUCGCGUCGGGAAAAUGGGCGCAGGCGCACUCUGCGGGGACCCGGGGAGCGACUCCGUGCGCCCGGAAGCGCCCGACGCUGGGGGGCCUGUGCGUGUGCGCGCGCCCCCCGCGGUCCCGCCUCCCCGCCGCGCCCGGACCCCGGGGCCCCCCUCCGCGCCCCGACCCCGGAACCCCCCUCCGCGCCCGGACCCCGGGGCCCCACCUCCGCGCCAGGACCCCGAAACCCCCCUCCACACCCGGACCCCGGAACCCCUCUCCGCGCCCUGACCCGGGGCCCCACCUCCGCGCCAGGACCCGGGGGCCCCCCUCCACACCCGGACCCUGAAACCCCCCUCUGCACCCUAACCCCCGGGGCCCCCCUCCGCGCCCUGACCUCUGGGGCCCCCCUCCGCGUCCUGACCCCUGGGCCCCGCUCCACACCCGGACCCCGGAACCCCUCUCCGCGCCCUGACCCCGGGGCCCCCCUCCACACCCGGACCCCGAAACCCCCCUCCGCGCCCGGACCCCCGGACCCACCUCCGCGCCAUUACCCCGGGGCCCCCCUCCGCACCCUGACCCCCGGGGCCCCCCUCCGCUCCCUGACCCGGGGCCCCACCUACGCGCCAGUACCCCGGGGCCCCCCUCCACACCCGGACCCCGGAACCCCUCUCCGCGCCCUGACCCGGGGCCCCACCUCCGCGCCAGGACCCGGGGGCCCCCCUCCACACCCGGACCCUGAAACCCCCCUCUGCACCCUAACCCCCGGGGCCCCCCUCCGCGCCCUGACCUCUGGGGCCCCCCUCCGCGUCCUGACCCCUGGGCCCCGCUCCACACCCGGACCCCGGAACCCCUCUCCGCGCCCUGACCCCGGGGCCCCCCUCCACACCCGGACCCCGAAACCCCCCUCCGCGCCCGGACCCCGGGACCCACCUCCGCGCCAUUACCCCGGGGCCCCCCUCCGCACCCUGACCCCCGGGGCCCCCCUCCGCUCCCUGACCCGGGGCCCCACCUACGCGCCAGUACCCCGGGGCCCCCCUCCACACCCGGACCCCGGAACCCACCUCCGCGCCCUGACCCGGGGCCCCACCUCCGCGCCAGGACCCCGAAACCCCCCUCCACACCCGGACCCCGAAACCCCCCUCCGCGCCCUGACCCCCGGGGCCCCACCUCCACACCCGGACCCCGGAACACCUCUCCGCGCCCUGACCCGGGGCCCCACCUCCGCGCCAGGACCCCGGGGCCCCCCUCCGCGCCCUGACCUCCGGAACCCCGCUCCGCGCCCGGGCCCCACCUCCGCGCCCAGACCCCCCUCCGCGCCAGGACCCCGGAACCCCCCUCCGCACCCUGACCCCCGGAACACCCUCCGCACCCUGAUCCCAGGAACGCCCCCUCCGCGCCCGGACCCGGGGACCCCCCUCCGCACCCUGGCCCCCGGGGAAUCCCUCCGCCGGUCCCCGGGACGACACCCCCGCCCCCCGUCCGCGCCCCCGAUUCGCGCUGCGGCCCAGGGAGUCCUGCCCAGCGCUGUGCUGCCUGAGAGCCCUUCGCACCCCCUGGAGCAGCGCGCCUGCUGUCCUCUCCCUCUCUCCCUCCCGUACCUCCAUGGGGUCCCCGGGUCCCCGAAGCUCCGCGGAGCCCGGCGGCCGUUGCCCAGGUGCCCGUGA